AUGAGACAAUCGAAGCACAUCCCCUACGGGGCUGUACCAGCCGAGGAAAAUCGUGCAAAUACAAGGCCGUCAUCGGAAUUCCAAUAUUUUGCAACAAUCGAACUCCCCGAGAUCGAUGACCAGAAGUCCCAUCCCCAGCCUCUCAAUCUGUCUCAGUUUGAUAGAAUUUCUCGUCUACUAUGGGACUUGAUUCUUGCCAUUAUAGCGGCGCUCUUUACUGUGUUCGGUAUAUGGGUUUCUUGUAUCGAUGGAAACCCUGCUGGCCCAGACUCCAUAGGCUCCAAGCUUUUUGAGGUCUCUCAAUAUGCGCCCACUGUAUUCCCAGUCCUUUUCGCCGCUAUUGCGGGUAGCAGCAUCAAAAGUAUUGCGUCAUGGCGCAUCCAGACUACUAGAGGAGCGACUAUCGGACUGAUAGAGCAAUGCCUCGGCAGCCAGACUAUCACAGGAGCCUUUCUCACUCAGAUCAGACUACGUGCUGUGAACUCCGUUGCCAUCUUGACCGUUCUGUUGUGGUGCUUGUCUCCGUUGGGCGGUCAGGCCUCUCUGAGGGUCAUUUCCAUCGUCCCGAGUUACCCAAGUCACCAGAUCGAGUUGACCACUUUGAACACUUUCACCCAGUACCAAUACGGCUACGCUCAAGGCAUAUCGAUGGCCAAAAUAUCAAUUGCUAACCCGGUGAUUGCUUCCAUAUCAGCCGCCUCGCUGCUGGCAAACCGCAAUCAAGAUCUCUGGGGCAACAUCCGCUUCCCUGUGAUCGAGAAUUUUCAGAAUGUCAGUACAGGUUGGAUGGAUAUACCCCAAAAUGACAACUUGACGUAUGCCUCCCUUGUCGGUGUGCCAGUGAUUGGUUUGCCCAACUCCGGCAACACAUCAUUCACCCUCCCAGGCUCAUAUUUAUCCAUAUCCUGCCCUGUCUUCGACACUCUUCAGCAUACCAACUUUACCAAUUUCACUGCGCCAGAGGCUCCAUCUCCCGGUAAUGCCGAUGAUUGCAGCUGGACGAGCUCAUUCGGUGGACAUCAGUUCCAGCUGGCCAUCUCGGAGCCAUGUUCGAAGUCACUCAAUGCAUCGAUGACAAGGACUCGAAAUGCACGGAAGCUGAUAUGGGAGUCAUUGGACCGUGGCAAUGGAGGCGGCCAUGGAGGGAGUCAAUCCCCCAUUACGCGAGCUAUAUGCGACCUCACCACGACCUAUGUCGACUCUAACAUGACAUGCGAGUCAUUAGAUGGGAGUCAAUCCACCCACACUUGCAGACUGUCCUCCGCUCGCCCUUCGGUGGAUGAAUCCCAUUUUCACACAAACUGGACCGUUUUCGAUUUCAAGUUUCCGGGAGACGCUGAACUGCCCAUAGGCUAUAACCAAGGAAUAUUGUACAUGCUCACUAGCAUGUUUCCCCAGGCGGAGAGGAGCGGUGGCCUAGAGCCCAUAAUUGGAUAUUUUAUCGACCCUUUUCACGCCAUCGGAAAGCCCAGUGGAGACGAUCCUAUGUCACCUGAGACCACAACCGCGAAAGCCUUUGGGACGCGUCUGUUACAGCUCCUCAAUUCCGUACUUUAUCUAGGAAUCAGCCCGUCGGCAUUCACAGGCGCUGUCAACAUGACGGAAAUCGAAACAGGCCCAAUCAAGGAUAGCCCCAUCAAAUUGAAGGCCAAAAAUACCCAUCUGCAAAAUAUCGUUAGGUGUAACCGUCCAUGGCUCGCUGUGUUAAUCAUUUGCUCUGUGGUUAUCUUCUGCUUUGCUCUGGUCGGCGCCCAUCUCCACCUCAUAACAAUCACCCCUGAUCUUCUGGGAUCGAUCUCCGUUGCCUUGUUGAAGAACAAGAUCGAAGGAAUCGUCGGAUCCUCUACAUGGUCUUCAGACGAAUGGUCGAAGAAUCUGCGAGAUACGAAAUUAUGGCUUAGAGAUGUUCAACCUGACGAUGACAUUGGAUGUCUUGCCUUAACCACCGCGGCACAGGAUGUUCCUUCUGGUUCGAUAAAGGGAAGACUGUAUCAUUGA